GAGUAGGGGAAUCUUUGACAGAGGGGAUCUUGGUGGGGUCAGGAGGGAAAUGUUGGGACAGGACAGCCCCAGUGGCGAAGUCUGAGGUAUCAGUGGUGACGAAGAAAUGGCGAGUGGGGUCAGCGAUCUUGAGGACAGGGGCGGUGGUGACGAGUUGCUUGAAUUUGUCGAAAGCGGCUUGGCGGCGUUCAGUCCAUGUGAAGGACUCGGUGGCGCGGGUGAGCUCGACGAGGGCGGAGACCUUUUUGGGGUCCAUGUGGAUGUCGUCGGCCGAGACAAUGUGACCAAGGUAUUCUACGCUAGGGGCAGCAAAUGUACACUUGCUGAGCUUGGCGUAAAACUUUCGUUCUCGAAGGAUGGAGAGAACUUUGCAAAGGUGUUCGAGGUGGGAUUCGAAGGUGGGGCUAAAGACGAGGAUAUCAUCAAGGUAGAUCACGACACAGACUUCGAGGAGGUCGCGAAAGAUGUGACUCAUUGUAGAUUGGAAUGUUGCGGGGGCAUUGGUGAGUCCGAAGGGCAUCACGAGGAACUCGUAGUGCCCGAAGUGAAAGCGAAAGGCGGUUUUGUGGGUGUCCUCCUCGCGGAUGCAGAUCUGGUGGAAGUCACUGAGAAGAUCGAUCUUGGUGAAAUACUUGGCUCCACGGAGGCGAUCAAGAAGCUCGGAUAUGUGAGGGAGUGGGUACUUGUUCUUGAUUGUGAUCCGGUUCAAGGCACGGUAGUCUGUGCACAUGCGGAGUUCCGAGGUGCCGUUCUUCUUAACGAAGAGACAACUGGUUCCGAAGGGGGAGGAGCUAGGCUUAAUGAAUCCUUUCUCAAGGAGUUCAUUAAGUUGUCGCUUCAUCUCUUCGGCCUCGGGGACGAAAAGCUGGUGCGCUCCUCAGGGGUGAGUCUCUUGAGGCGUGAGGGUGGGGUAGAUGAGGGUGGUCGAGAGCUGCAAUCACUGCGCUCCAUCCUCAUGAAUUGGACGACAUCGAGUUCCUCGAAAGAGAGGGAUGAAGAGUCGAGUGAAUCGGAAGAUGCGUCGGGGUUCGAUGUAGUGAACUCGUCCGAUGUGGUGGAGGUGGUGUCCUCGGAGGCGAUGCCGUGGAAGAAGCGAGGGCGGGGAGGGGCCAAUAGGGGAGGUGGAGUGGCCACGGUGGAGGUAAUGGUGGAUGAAGAUGGCGGUGAUGUUGAUGUGGAGGUUGAAGCGGAGGCUUGUCCGGAGGAGGGGGUGGUUUGGGGUGUGGAGGAGGGUGUGGUCGUGGUGACGACCGUGAUGGCGGGGGUGUUUCCCUCGAGCGUGGUGACACGGUCGGAGAUGGCGGCCAUGGUGGUGUUGAUGGUGUCAAGGGAGGAUUGGAGGGCGGUCAACGUUCGGAGGAAAGUUGUGAGUUCCGGGGUGGCGGUGGUCAAAGUUGGCGGAUUGCCUGCGAGUUCAGGGGCAAUUUUGUCGACGGAGUCCGAGCGGAUAUCAAACAUGUUGAUGGAUGAUUGAGCCAUGUUGGGGGAAGAGCGGGUGGAGGACGGGGCCGGAACAAAUGUGGAGGAUGCAGCAGCAGCAGUGGCAGCGGCGGCGGCGGCGCGUUGGGAGUUCUUGGUUUGGCGCGGUGGCAUGUGGGGAUGGGGGACACAAUUUCUUUAUCAAUAAAUUCAAAAUAAGGAUAAUUGCCGAGAUUUUGAAGGGAAUAAGGUUGGGGGGGAAGGGAAAGUGGGAAUUAAUUUUGAGUAAAUAAAUUUAUUCCGACUUGGAAUUUUAUUUAUUCGAAAUUAAUUCGAAAUAUGGGUAGAACAAAAUUUUAGAAAAAGA